AUGAGAAGAACCAAUUUGCCACCAAAGGAGGAAAUUCAUCAGGGUAAAGGAGAAAGUUUACGAAUUGAGAGGGGUGGCCUACAUGACAAUUGGGAUGAUGCAGAGGGUUAUUACAGUUAUCGAUUUGGUGAAGUGCUUGAUGGCCGAUAUGAAGUCAUUGCUGCUCAUGGGAGAGGUGUCUUUUCAACAGUAGUCCGGGCAAAGAAUCUUAACAUCAGUAAUGGGGAACCUGGAGAAGUUGCCAUAAAAAUAAUUCGUAGUAAUGACACAAUGUACAAGGCUGGUAUGGAUGAGUUAGUGAUAUUGAAGAAAUUAGUUGGUGCUGAUCCAGAUGAUAAGCGGCAUUGUGUUCGAUUCCUUUCUAGUUUCAAGUACAGGAAUCACCUUUGUCUAGUUUUUGAAUCUCUCCAUAUGAAUCUGCGUGAGGUUUUAAAGAAGUUUGGUCGCAAUAUUGGCCUUAGGCUAACUGCAAUUAGAGCGUAUGCUAAACAACUUUUUAUUGCACUGAAGCAUCUCCGGAACUGUGGUGUUCUCCAUUGUGAUAUAAAACCAGAUAAUAUGUUGGUGAACGAGGCCAAAAAUGUUUUGAAGCUUUGUGACUUUGGUAAUGCCAUGUUUGCUGGUAAAAAUGAAGUUACACCAUAUCUAGUGAGCCGCUUUUAUCGUGCCCCUGAAAUCAUACUUGGCUUAACCUAUGAUCAUCCAUUGGAUAUGUGGUCUGUAGGAUGUUGUUUGUAUGAGCUCUAUACAGGCAAAGUUCUUUUUCCAGGUUCUACUAACAAUGACAUGCUACGGCUCCAUAUGGAAUUGAAGGGCAUUUUUCCGAAAAAGAUGCUUCGUAAGGGAGCAUUUAUUGAACAGCAUUUUGAUCAGGACCUGAAUUUUCUUGCUACCGAGGAAGACCCUGUGACGAAAAAGGCAAUAAAGCGGAUGAUUCUCAACAUAAAACCAAAAGAUAUUGGAACAAUUAUCACUGGCUCUGUAGGGGAGGAUCCAAAGAUGCUAGCCAAUUUUAAGGAUCUUCUGGAAAAAGUUUUUGUAUUGGAUCCAGACAAGAGGUUGACAGUCUCACAGGCGUUGAAUCACCCAUUCAUCACUGGCAAGUGA